GGCACGGCGUAAGCUUUCGCAGGACCUUCUUAAAGCGGUGAUCAGAGGAAAAAUUCUGCUACGACUUAGAAAUUAGAGAAAGACCAGGCUAUUAUCAGAGAUUAUAGUGUCCGUGUGAGAAUUAUUUUGUUUUUGGACUUGUGUCCUUGUUUUAAGUUGCCAGAGUUUCGUGUGUGUUUGCUAACUUUUCUGUAAAAACUCAUCCGGCUUCAUAUUUGGUACUCUCCGGGUGGGCAUUAUCCCAUUCCCAGCAGUUAGCUGGCUAGCUCUGGUGCUAGGUUAGCCAGCUGGCUAAGAAGAGCUGUACCUGUCGGCAUUCAUAACUUGUGACACAUAGAUUUGCUGCUGGAACUAGUAGGUAUUGGGCCAAAAGUUGUCUGUGCCGGUUUACGAUUCAGCCAUGGACGGCGAGACUUGUGUGGAGCAGAGAAAUGGAGACGCCGCUGUGGACCUAGUCAAGCCAGCAGCUUCAUUCAGAUACAGCAAGGAGGAAUUGCUUGAAAUCAAGGAAUUGCCAAUCUCCAAUGAAAGGCCUGAAUGCCUCUCUGAAAAAUAUGACAGUGAUGGUGUCUGGGAUCCUGAAAAGUGGCAUGCUUCUCUGUACCCCUCGUCAGAGCGAAGCUCUCCAGUAGAAGGUUUUAAGAAGGACUACGGAGAUGAUAGAGUUCCUCUAAAACGAAGAAUCCCAGAUCCUCGUGAGCGCUUAAAGGAAGAUGAACUGGAUGUGAUUCUGAGUCCUCAGCGACGCAGCUUUGGAGGUGGCUGUCAGGGAAAUUCUGCACCCUUGUCCCAUAUGAGACGGCCAAUCAGCCCUCUGGAAAAUAAGGAGAAUGAGAGUCUUCGUCUUGGAGGAGCUCGUAGAAUUGGCAGUGGCCGCAUAAUUGCUGCUCGAGCAUUUGAGCGAGAACCACGUAUGGAAAAGGAGCGGGAAAGGGAGAGAGACUUCAAGGAUAAGAGAUUCAGGAGAGACUUUGGGGACAAACGUGUGUUUAGUGAGAGAAGACGGAAUGACUCUUAUGCAGAAGAGGAGCCAGAAUGGUUUUCUGGGGGACCUACGAGCCAGUCUGAAACAAUUGAGCUUAUUGGGUUUGACGAUAAAAUGUUGGAGGAUGACAAACGCAAGUCCAGAAGGUCAAAGAAAAAGACAGAAUCAGUUAAAGAAGUUGAAUGUAAUGGUGGGCAAGCUGAGGAGCCAGGUGUGGUUUUACAAUCUACAGCUGAUCAGGAGGUUCCCCACACGGAUGUACUUCCAGAACAGUCAGCAGGAGACUUUGACUUCAAUGAGUUCUUCAAUUUGGAGACCAUGCCAGGACUGGCAUCUAUGAUCGAAGAUGUUCUUGGGGAGGGCCCUGUGUCUGCAAGCCGUUUCAGUCAGUGGUUUUCAAGUAACUUGAGUCCUUCAGGCAGCCGCUCCAGCAGCCUUCGGUCCACUCCUCAUGAGGAAUUGGAAAGAUUAGCGGGGCUUGACCCAAACCAUGGACCUGCGCCAUACUUUACACCUAUUCCAUCAGAUUGUAAAGAAAAGGUUGACAUCCUGGAGAUGCUGCACAAAGCCAAAAUUGACUUGAAGCCGCUGCUUUCAACACUCUCUGUCAAUAAGGCACGCCUUCAGGAAAGCAGUCACACCGGAGUGGUGCUGUCGCUAGAAGAGGUCGAGGGAGAGAUGAAGGGGAUGAAGAUUGGACCUGAAGCACAGGCACGAAAAGUACCAACUCCACCUCAAGGCAAUGGGACCCCUUUUAUGGCUGAACAUUUGGAGGAGGCACUAACGGGUGGCUCUGGUUCACGGCCAAGAUCAAGGGACACAGACAUGUCUGCUUUUAAUAAACUUGUUAGCAGCAUGAAGGCAAGUGGAACUCUUCCGGUCCACCCCAAAACCAACUCAAAUAAUAAAACACCCGAACAAUCUAUGGUUAGUUUGACUGACUCUCAAGUGCCAGGAGAACAGCAGAAAAACAUAUUCCAGGAGCUCCUAGGAGGUCCUUGUAAUAGUUCCCCCACAUUACUUGGUAAUCUCCUGGGUCACACUGAAGGUCCAGCCUCCUCUGCUCUCCUGCAAGGACUCCUGCACAAGAAUCCGUCUCCUCCCCUCUUUCCACAUAGGACCACCUCACCCGAUUACUUCAACAGCCGAAUGCAAACCUCUGGAGGAUUUCCAGUGGGUUCUCAGCCUAUACUGUCUGAACAGUUUGCAGAAAUGCACAGAGCAAUCAGCCCAGAAUCUGCUGCUCAACAGAUGAGGGCACCAUUGCCUGUGAACAAGGCAGACCUAGAUGAACUUGCGUUCCAGCAGGACCUUGCCCUUCACACCCACCACUCAUUCCAGUCUGGCUACAAGGCUCCACAGGACAGAUCGUAUAGAAACCGACGCAUAAACCGUUCCCCUGGCCCUCAGCCUGCAGGCAGGAACUCUCCCAACAAUGCUGUCACAAGCAUGUUGUCUCCAUCUUUUACUCCCACUUCUGUGAUACGGAAAAUGUAUGCAACAAAAGAUAAAAGCAGAGAUGAGCCAGGAAGUCGUUCUGAGAGCAAAGAUGAGCCAUCCACUGCUGCUCACUCCCAAACGGAUAAUGGUGUGUCAAACUCCUAUCCAGAAACAGCAGAUGGGACACACCCUUUGUCUGGGAAGGGUGGCUUUGCGCCACAGUCCUCACAGUCGAGUAAGGACCAGGACCGGCUCCGGCCAAGUGGGCACCACCUGCCCAAUGUGUGUCCUCAGGGUCCCACCUCAUCCUUCCCUCGACCUGUCUACCCAGUCCCUUUGAUCCCUCAUGUACCCAUGGUCCGCCCCCCUCCACAACUCCAUCCAAAUGUGGUUCAGCGAAUGCUGGCUCAGGGCAUCCAACCUCAGCAACUUGGUCCAGCUCUUAUGCAAGCAGGUAUAAUUCCACCUCACAUGGAUAUAGCACAACUUCAAGGCUUGCCUCCUGCCCUGCUUGCCCCUCCACUGUAUCCUCUUAAUGCAGCAGGCCAUCCACUGCUACCUCCCAGACCUAAUGCUCAGAUGCAGUUUGCUGCAAUGCAACCACUUCAACAGCAAAGACAGAUGCAUCCUGGAGGACCCCAGUCUCAAAACCAGGGACCUCAUCGGACCAGCAGCUCACAGCGACAUGGAGGCAGUCCACCCUUGGGCCUUGCAAAAUGGUUUGGAUCCGAGGUGCUCGAGCAGCCGCUGCCGUCCAUGCCUGCCAAAGUCAUAAGUGUUGAUGAGUUGGAGUUUCGACCGUGACCCAUUACACACUGCUGAACACCCCAGCUUCAUCUCGUUUCUGGAAAAAUGUGAACUUUACUUUGAAAGAGUGCACAGACCUGGACAGUCUAACGCUUUGUCUUCAAUCUCAUUGUCACUGCUUUUUAAGAGGUUUAUUUUCAGAGAAGGGAAGAGUCAUUUGUUUUCCAGCUGAGUGAAUUUUUUUCUUUUGUAUGAGACUUUACAUGAAAAUCUUGAAGUAAAUAAUGUGUAUAAGCCCAAUUGUACAUAAUAAGGGAAAGAUUAUUCUCCUUGUACAUAGUGUUUUUUUGUUUUGUUUUUUGAGGAGUGGGAAAUAUGUAAGUAAACUGCAGUACAGCUAAAUUGGAGAGACAAAAUUGUAGCUUUCCUUUGUCCAACUAGUAAUUCCCAAGCUGCUAAGAGAGGCCCACUGUUAAAGAAGUGCUUGUCUAGUCAUUUAAAUAUAAUCUACCCUUAUGGCAUGGCUGGUGGGCUUUUCUGAUGACGUGACUGAGCUGGAGCUUCGAGUGAACUCCAUGGGAAGCAGUGACUGCUGGUUGUGCCUUUCUUUUUGUUUUCUGUAAAUUGUCUCCCAUUCAGCCCUUCACUCAAGAGCAGCCAAGCUCAGAGGCUGGUUGGGAGUCAGUUUGUUCUGUGCUAUUUAUUUAAGAAAGCACAAAAUAGAUAAAUAAACUGAGUAAUAACUAA